CCCGGGCAAAAUUCGGCAGAAGGAAGAGCUGAGCGGGAUCGCGAACGCUGUUUCGGCAUUAGAAUCCCGAGCGGGAGUGUCGGAAACGACGGUCGUCUUUUAGGUUGCCGACGCGAUUGUGGAUCGACCUAGUUAAAAAAGUCCUACAUCACAAACGAGGCCUAAAACUUCAAUCACCACGUACGUGAGCGAUUUGGGUUUCAUGUGCAUGUAUGAUGCACCUUGGUAAUUUGUCCUGUAAGUUCUUGAUAAAUGGCUCAAGCUGCCCGGUUUAACCUGAGGAUGCAAAAGGAGAUUAAGCAGCUUGUAGUCGACCCCCCUCCAGGCGUUUCCUUUCCCCUUCUUUCCGAUAGGAACACUUCUUUAUCGUCUUUGUCAAGCAUUGAAGCCCGAUUAAGAGGACCAGAAGGAACGGUUUACUGCGAAGGACUUUUUUCUCUUAAGAUUCAAAUUCCUGAGAGGUAUCCUUUUCAGCCACCUAAUGUAACUUUUGUUACCCCUAUCUACCAUCCUAACAUUGACAAUGGAGGAAGGAUCUGUCUUGAUAUUCUCAAUUUACCUCCAAAGGGGGCAUGGCAACCAUCAUUGAACAUUUCUACAGUAAUGAUGAGCAUUGGCUUGUUACUGAGUGAGCCCAACCCCGACGAUGGAUUAAUGGCUGAAGUUAGUAGGGAGUUCAAAUACAAUAGAAAAGUUUUUGAUGAGAAAGCACGAGACUGGACUAAGAGAUUUGCUAAUCCUCUAACUGCAGCAAAGGAUAUUCAUGGCAGCACGUUCCCAAAUCUGCAUAUGGAUGCUCAACAACCUUUACCUCUUUCCAUGAAUCGUCAGCUGGAAGUUUCAACUGCGAAGAUACUCUCAGAUAAACCAGUUGAUGAGACUGAGGGAAAUAGGAAGAAGCUCAAGGUAACGAGUGGUAAGUUAUCUCUGAAAUCAGCAACACCAUUUAGAAAGAUUAGCAGUGAAAACAUAGAGAACAUUGCACCUAAUCAAGUGCCAUCCAUUGCUACUGGAAGUACUAAAGAUGUUGAUGAGAAAAUGCCGAAAGAAAACUGCGAGGAAGUGGAGGAAAACCCAGUGGAUAUAAGGAUGAUAAUUGUUUCAGAUAGUGAAGAAAGUGACAAUGAAAUUGGCAGGCCAUAUAAAUCCAGGUUUCCUCUCUUGCAGAAAAGAACUCUGUGCAAACGGUGUGAUUAACAUCAGAGGUAUGUCAGAUUUCAGCUAUAAAACUUUGUUUUGCUCUUGUUAAACAUUCUGAACGACACAGCCAUGAUAUUCCUUUUGCUUGAGGCGUAGA